ACGGGACGCGUUGGGGUCAUUUGGCGCGCACGCGUUGAAGGGAGUGAGGCUCACUUCGCUCCUGGGAGGCUUCUCCUUCUUCUUCUUGUUCUUAGUUGGCUCACCUUUCGUGAGGCGAAGAAAAAUAAGAAUUCGUCGACAUCCAAAAACAGAAAAUCGAUGAGGCUGACGCAGCUGCUGCUGAUGCGUCACGGGCGCGCGCGGCGGCAGUUGGGGCGCGAGCCGGGCGCGCGCCUCGACCUCCUGCGGCUGCUCGUCACGGGCCUCGUGCGGCACGAGCGCGUGCAGACCACGGGGGCGCGCGCGAGGGAGGCCGCCACCUACGCCGAGAAGCUCAUCGACUACGCCAAGCGCGGUGACGGGGAUGAAACUGCCAUGAAGAUCGCCAGCUUUUGGCUCACGGAGAAGGACCUGGUCCCGAAGCUCUUCAAAGUCCUGGCCCCGCGCUUCCGGAGCGUGGAGGGCGGCUACGUGACGGUGCACCAGAUCCCGAACCGCACCAACACGGACCGCGCCCAGAUGGCCGUGAUGGAGCUAGCGGGCAACCCGUACCCGCCGCUGGUGACGCGGCGGCGCGACCCGGAGUCGACGCUCCUCAACGUGCUCCUGCGGGGCUAUCGCCUCGAGCUGGCCAGGGAGAAGGCGGCCGCCACCUCUUCGUCGUCGUCGGCGGCGGCGACGACGGCGACGUCCUCGCCUUAACCUCUCCCCCCUCUUUCUCCUGUUUCCGAGACGUUUUGCGAGUUGUGGUGUGGGGGGAUCUCCCCCCCCUCCCCUCUCCACCACCACCCCGGUUAACACCGCUGAAUGUCGGGAAAUGCGCUGCGGGAACGGCCCGCCGGUAGUUUCGUUCAGGAGGGGCGUAGCGGCAAGCUCGGCGUUUUUUUUUAUUUCGCGAAGGCGUCACGGACAACCGUGGGCGCCGCCGAAACCGGUGGCCACGAGCCCUAGGCCAUGCGGGAACCUCGGCAACCGACGAGGUCGGCUUCUUUUGAUUGAA